AUGGCUGACCACCCAAUCACCACCAAGACCUUUACGCUGAACCAAGGCGACAAGUUUCCUGCUGUAGGGCUGGGCACCUGGCAAGGGAGCCAUGGCUCGGACGACAGCAAGGCGCUGGAAGAGUCCAUCAUCCAUUCCCUUAAAUCCGGGUACCGCCUGAUCGACACCGCGCAGAGCUACGGCGUCGAGAACAUUGUUGGGCGCGCAAUUCGAGCGAGCGGAGUUCCGCGCGAGGAGAUCACCGUUGUCACCAAGUUCUGGGGCCAUUGGCACCAUGACCCGGCUGAGGCGCUUCGCAUCUCGCUGGCAGACCUGGGCCUCGACUACGUUGACGUCUUCCUGAUGCACUGGCCAUGGGCGACAACCCCAGCCCCGGAGAAGAAGCCGCUGGGCAAAUAUGAGAGCCCUACUUUCAUCGAGACGUGGUUAGCGAUGGAGAAGCUUGUCGGGCCCAAGUGUAGGGCCAUUGGCGUCAGCAACUUCACUGAGAAGCUUCUUGAGGAAUUGCGCGAGCAUGAGACGAUUGUGCCGGCGAUCAACCAGGUCGAGCUGCAUGCUUUCAACCCCAAUCUGAAGUUGGUGCCAUACUGCCAAUCAAGGGGGAUUCAUGUCAUGAGUUGGAGCACACUUGGUGGUCAAAGAGACGGAGAGAACCUCAUCCUCAGCCAUCAACUGUUCAGCGACAUUGCCAAGGCGCACGGAUGCUCGACAGGCGUCGUGUCCCUCUCAUGGGCUGUGCAGCGAGGCAUCACUGUUAUUCCCAAGAGCAAGUCCAAGGCCCGCAUCGAGGAGAAUAUCAAGCUCGUCACCUUGAGCGCCGAGGAGGUGGAUAAGAUCAACGGAGCACAGGAUACGAUCAAGAGGCAGAGACUCUCAAACGACAUCGCAUCGAUGCAUAUCAAGAUCGAUGGUAAGACGACGUUCCAAAAAUGGACCUACCAGGAGGUUGGCUGGGAAGACGAGAACGGCCAAUGGCUGACGCCUGGCGGUGAUUCAAUUGCCGCAUUGUCGACAGCAUCCUCGGGACGUCUUCAAACCGCAGAGUUGUCUCACACACGUCACCCAUCUUCUUACGACCGUCACGAGACCCACGAGCCCACGACUUCGCUCGACUACCAGCAACGCCAGCAGCCGACGCCGCUGCAACAACAACGGGUGACAACUCCAGACCCUGAGGGAUUCCCAUCACCUGGUUCCUCCCACCGACUUCGUCGAACCCCGAAAUUCGAGGCAACCCCAAGUCCAAGAACUCGCCAGGCCCACAUCGCAAACACUCUCGCCGCUCUUAGCUCUCAGCAUUCGCGCCAGCGGGGUAAUCCAGCGCCGUCGAACCCGGAGAAAAAGGAGCCUGACUUGCGACCAGCCGCCAGAGAGCGAUCGACAAGGCACAGGACACGGCGAGUCCUCUCGCAAGAACUUGGCGAAGAUCCCGACGAGCAAUCUUCGGAGUUAUCCCCAUCACAGGAUCCCAAAGCUUCACAAGAUCCAUAUCCUGUGCACCCUGUGGUUCGAAUUACCAAGCAUACCCACAGUGCAAUUCUUUUCACCCUUGAAGAAGCUCUUCGACAACCAAACCAAUUUACGCCCGACCUCGAGGAGGAGUCUGCCAGCAUGGCUGACCUCAUGAGUAGUGGCGGAGCUCCCAUCACUUCUAAUGGGGGUAGCCUACCAGCACCACAACGCCCUACAGCCUCUCCAAACCCCAGAGGUUCACCUGGGAUCAGAGGCCCUAGAAUGAUCAUGCAGGAGCGCGCCGCCAGAGAGGCAGCGCGCGUGCAGAGAGCAGAGGCUGAGAAGCAAUUGGAACAGGAGACGCGACAGAGAGAAGAAGCACAGCGAAGUGCAGACCAUCGGUCUGCUGGCGUUGCUCAUGGCCCCAGUGGCAAACUACCCGCUCAACACCCUUCCAGCACACAUCGCGGACAUGCUGUCCACGAGUCAUCGCCACCCUCCGGGGCAGAGCCAACCACCCCACAGCAAAUAGCCUCCCAUCAACGCACCAACACCUCACGAUACGCUGCAAACCAGCAACUCCCUUCGCAAUAUCAGCCCCAUCAACAACACGCCCAGCAACAACAACAGCGGCCGACCACAACAGGCCAAGCCGGUGAGAGUUCAACACAAACUGGAGGAACAUCCGGCAGCUCAAAACCUCGAAACUCUUUCCCACACGCCUUCGAGCGAUGGGAGACGUUAUCAGCGCAUUGGGAGGGCUUGACAAGCUAUUGGAUCCACAAGCUGGAGCAAAAUAAGGACGCUGUGAACCGCGAUCCUAUCAACCAGCAAUUGAGUCGCCAAGUAACAGAUCUUUCUGCCGCAGGAGCAAAUCUUUUCCACGCUGUCGUGGAAUUGCAACGACUCCGCGCAAGCUCAGAGCGCAAGUUCCAGAGGUGGUUCUUUGAAACCAGAGCAGAACUGGAACGAGCACAGGAAGUGAACUCAAUGCUGGAAAAUGCUCUGGAUCAAGAACGACGUAACCGGGACGAGGCUAUUCGUGAAGCUGUUGAAAAGGAGCAAGGGAGCUCACUAGCGCAGAAGCAGCUUGCGGAGAUGCGCAAAGAGCUUGCCAUCUCCAAAGAUGAAGCUAGACGGGCCUGGGAGGAGCUCGGCCGUCGAGAGCAGGGUGAGAGAGAGAGACUGUUAUCACUACAAACUGGACAACCAACCAUUGUUGGAGGGGUUCAAGUUGUUCCAAUGACGCAUGGCCUGCGAGAUCAAGCAGCUCAGCAGGCAGAAUAUAGCCAGUCAUAUCACGGAAGUCAGACUAACGUCGCCCAAUCGUCCGCAGCCUCAGCUGGCCCCAGCGGAGCCCAAUAUGGCCAACCGGAAGCUGGCUCACAGUCCGCGCGGGGCCAUUACCGUGCAACCUCGGAGGGCGGGACAAGCGAUAAUGAGUUCGUUAAAGAUGUGAAGGGAGUGCCUUUAUUGGAUGUUCAUGGAAACAAGAUCCCCGUCGCCGCCCCUCCCUCGACAUACUCAGGAUCUGAGGUGGAACAGGAAGAGUAUGAUACUCCAGCUACAACCAACCCACCAAGUGGGAGCUAUGACCCACCCUCUACAACUGGCCCUACACCUCAGUGGACAGGAGCUUACUCAAAUCCCCAAGACUACGCAGGUGAGGAAUACGGAGCGCCAGGCUGGGAGACAGUACCCCGCCAUCACCAUCCAACACGACUCAGCGACGUGAUCGAGGAGGAAGAGGAACGGAGUAGGACGACCGCAAGCCAAGUCAGCCGAGGAAUCUAA